AUUCGAAUUCGAGCCUCUCGAAUCCCACGCUGUAGUCUCUUCCGAACCCCCGGAACCCUAACCCUAGAUUUCUUCCGCCAUGGCGCUAGCGAGAACCUGCGCUGCCGUAGCGACUCCGGCGAAGCCAAGAAGCGCGUCGGCACCGAAGAAGCCCCGUUCGGCUCCGCGCUCAUCCUACGUACCUCGAGGUUCGAUCGCGAUUUCUCAAAAUCAGGAUUUUUUUUUUAUUUGUCGAUUUUGAUCUGAUUGUUUGUGCUUUUGUUGAAAUUUAGAUUGAUGCGGAGAGGCGAUCGUUCGCUGAAGGAGAGGACUGGAUCGAGCCAGUACGCGAUCGCCAAGUUCAUCGAGGACAAGCGCAAGGCUCAGCUGCCUCCCAACUUCAAGAAGAUCCUCUCGUUCCAGCUGAGGAAGCUCACCGCCGGCGUAAGCUCACACCAGACUAAGCACCUCAAGACUCAAGACUCCUACAGCUCGCCUCGCGCCCGAAGAAGCCCGCCGCCGCGCCCGCCAAGCCUAAAGCUCGCGGCGGCGGCGGGCAAGCCUAGUCUAAGGUCGCAAGCCGCCUCCGCGAAGACGAAGGCGACGAAGGUGAAGUCGGCCGUGAAGAAGGCGGCGAAGCCGAAGUCUCGGCCCUCGGCCGAACGGCGCGCGGUGCCGGCGAAGAAAGCAGCUGCUGCGGCCGAGAGGAAGGCGGCGGCGAUGCCGGCGAAGCCGAAGGUGAAGAGCGUGAAAAAGGCGGCGGCAAAGUCCCCGGCAAAGAAGGCGCCGGCGGCGAAGAAGGCGAAGAAGUAGAUACGUGGGCUUUUAGGCGUAGUGGCAGUUGAUGUAAAUUUAACCUAGUAGUAGGGGUAUGUUCGUCAUUUCCAGCAUAACUCUUGUAGAUAUGUGGUAGUUUGUUUUGCUUCAUCAUUUUGUCGUUGUUGUCCCUUCUAUGAAUAUCGUAAUGUUUGUGGCAUGCAUCUA